AUGGAGGCAAGUAAUCGGUCCGUGAAAAGACCAAGACAGAGACUGGUAUCCUCAGAAUCAUCUGUCUCAGAAUACCAGAAUUUGGCUGAAAAGUUUCAGGUUCUCGAUCAGAUUUAUUCUAGUGAGAACGAGGAAGAGGUCUUGUCGGAAUAUCUAGACGCCAAGACAGUGGAUAACCUCAUCCUGAAG